AUGGAGAAGGGCCUGUCGUAUGACGAUGCCGUGACCGAGGUCGUGCAGAUGGGCAUCUCUGAGCCAGUCAACAAGCUCGAGCAGUGGGCUAACAAACUCGACGCCAUUGCUGGUAUCGAAGCACGCGGCAUCGAUAGGAUCCCAGAAGAGCUGCGUGAGCGCGUCCUCAGCACGAAGGACUACCUGAAUAUGUUCAUCAUCUGGUUUUCGAUGAACUGCACCGCGAAUCAGAUGACUAUGGGUGUGCUUGGACCUGUUACAUACCACCUCAGCCUGACCGAGUCGAUCCUCAUCUGCAUGUUCGGCACGAUCUUUGGCUCCGUCUGCACAGGAUACAUCUCGACUUUUGGACCCAGAUCGGGGCUUCGCACGCUCAAUGUCGCAAAGUACACCAUGGGGUGGUGGCCGUCCAAGCUCUGCGUGAUCCUCAACUUGGUUAUUGAGCUGGGCUAUGGGCUGAUUGAUUGCCUGGUUGGAGGGCUCCUGCUGUCAGCUGUGAACGGGGAGGGUAUGUCCGUGAUUGUGGGCAUCGUCAUUGUCGCCGUCAUCACCUGGGUGUUCGCCACCUUCGGGAUCAAGUGGUUCCACAAGUUUGAGGCCUUCGUAUGGGCGCCCACCGUCCUCGUCCUAUUCGUCUUAAUCGGCGUCGCGGGCCCUCAUUUCGACACCACAACCCCUUCCAAAGGCUCUGGCGCCACCCUCGCUGGCAAUCGCAUUUCUUACUUUUUCCUCACGGCCUCGGGCCCCCUCAGCUGGUCCUCCGCCGCCGCGGACUACGUCACAUACUACCCCAAAUCCACCAACAAAUACCUCGUCUUCGCAACAACCACUGGCGGCAUCGUCCUUGGCAAGCUGCUCAUCGAGUUCCUAGGCAUCGGCCUCGGCUCCGGCCUCCUCAAGAACGCAUCCUGGGAAGCUGCCUUUGACAGCCAGGGCAUUGGCGCGCUGGUCGUAGAGUCUUACGGCCCCCUUGGCGGCUUCGGCAAGUUCUGCUGUGUCGUGCUCGCGUUGUGCAUCGCGGCCAACUGCAUUCCGGGGACCUACGCGGCGGCGCUCAACUGGCAGCAGCUGGGGGCACCCUUCGCAAAGGUACCCCGCGUCAUCUGGAGCACGUUCUCGUGCAUCGUGUUCACCAUCAUUGCGAUUGCGGGGCGCGAUAGGCUGUUUGACAUCUUCAUCAACUGGCUCAGCCUGAUCGGGUACUGGACGAUUAUUUGGAUUACGAUGACGGUGCAGGAUGAGUUUUUGUUUAGGAAGGGGCAAUUCGACUGGGAGAUCUGGAACAGGAAAGAUUUACUCCCGCAUGGGUAUGCGGCGCUGUUCACAUUCGUUGUGGGCUGGGUCGGCGCCAUCUUGGGCAUGUAUCAGACGUGGUAUACUGGACCGCUUGGUGGGCUCAUUGGUCAGGGUGCGGAUAUCGGGUUGCCCAUUGCUUUUGCUUGGGCGGCUGUCAUAUAUCCUCCCGCCAGGUGGUUGGAGCUCAAGGUCGUUGGCAGGUAG